UUCUGCUUCAGUCUUUGUGUUCCCCAGAUCUCCUUUGCUAACUCUGCUUUUCCUCCACAGGUGAUCAUGGUAACAGGUGACCAUCCCAUCACAGCUAAAGCCAUCGCCAAAGGUGUUGGAAUUAUCUCAGAGGGCAAUGAGACAGUAGAAGACAUUGCUGCCCGGUUAAACAUUCCUGUCAGUCAGGUCAACCCCAGAGAUGCCAAGGCUUGUGUGAUCCAUGGGACAGAUUUGAAAGACAUGCCUUUGGAGCAAAUUGAUGAAAUCCUGCAGAAUCACACCGAGAUCGUCUUUGCCCGUACUUCUCCGCAGCAGAAGCUCAUCAUUGUGGAAGGUUGCCAAAGACAGGUAGAGAUUGAGAAGGACGUCCAUCCAACCAAGUCAUGUGUCUAG